UCCGUCCCGGUGCCCGAUGUCUGCGCUGGGACACCUCGGAAGCUGGUGUCUGACAGCGGGUCGACGGAGGUCCAUCGCUCGCCUGUUCCUGAUCUGUGCUGCCCUGCUGGCACUGUACGCGCUCUCUAAGAGCCGACCUCAGGUGUUGGAAGGACCGCGCCCCUCGCCGGAGGAUGAGCAGCGGUUGGAGAGGUCAGCAGCCCCAGCCUGUCCGCCGUCAGAGUGCCUGAUCUCCGCCGCCAAGGGUGGUCGACUCGGUAACAUCAUGUUUGAGUACGCCACGCUUCUGGCGGCGAGUCACAUCCUUCAGCGACCGGUCUGGCUGCUUGCUGAGAUGAAAGACAUUCUCGAAAAGUACUUCGAACCGCUAUCGACCCCAGCCCUGCCCCGCGGGUGUGAGUACAACUGGACGGAGAUAAGCAUCGAUGCGCUGAUUAAGAACGCGUCAAAAGACGACGAACAGAGCUAUCUAAUCGGAGGGUACCCGACCUCAGUACAUCUGUUCCACCCAAUACGUGACCGGGUUCUGCGAGAGUUCACCUUCCGACCGGAGCUACCCCUGAGUGCUGAUCGACGCCUGGCCGAGCUGGCUCGCCAAGUCAACAUGACCUCACCCACCUUUAUCGGCGUGCACGUCCGCCGCACUGACUACGCCCAGUGGCUGCCCAAGAUGGUAGAAGGCAGGCUAGUGGAUAGAGAUUUCCUGGAGCGUGCCCUGGCACUGAUGAGGAGCCGCCACCGAGACGCGCUGUUUGUGGUCGUUUCCGAUGAUCUGGAGUGGUGUCGACGCGAGCUCGUGUCCCGAGCGAACUCCUCAGACAUUGUGCUGGCCGGUGAUGGGGUUCAGUCACGUCCCGGUGCCGACCUGGCACUGCUGGCUGCCUGUAACCACUUCAUCAUCACCCACGGCACGUUCGGGUUCUGGGGGGCGUAUAUGAGUGGCGGUGAGGUGGUUAAACCGACCGGCUACGGCCAGCGGAAGACGGGGGUGGAGAAUAACGUGCGGCACGCCGGCCUCAACUGGACCUGGAUCGAGGCGUUUACUUCGCAGACUACCGCGGAGGCCGCCGAGAUCGUCGGAGGUAGACGGAGCAGUAAAGGAACGACCGCAGAACCCGUUAUACGACACUGAAUCAGACCAGUGUGGCCAAAUUGGUUUAGCGUUAGGGGGAGGAUGUAUUAAAAAAGUCGUACUAGGAUGUCUUAAAAAAAAACUCGUCUUCAGCCUCAUUUUAGGUGCAGUUUUUACAGGUAAUGUGGAAAAACUAUACCUGACAUCAAGUUCUGGUGGAAAGUACAAAAAAAAAACUCCAAAUAUUGUCAUUAAAGAUGUAACAAAAACAACAUUGCAAGCGCGACAAUACGAGUAUGGCGGUGCGAAUCGUACAUUGGAACAUUUUUAGUCUUUAUUCCUACACUAGGUAUGCUUUCACGACAAAAACGUGGUGAUGAUGUAAUUUUAAAAUUUCUGAGGAUGUCAUUAUACUUUUCAUUAGGGGUGACUUUCCCCGCAACAUCACCAAUUUGGCCACACUGAAUCAGACUAGCUCACAUUACCUUUUUCUGGCUGACGGUAAUCCACGCCAAACAGCCCGGUGCAGCGGUGGCUAUGAGUUGUAUCAUUCCAAAGAUGAGGAAAAUCUUGUGUGUGGCGCACUUG